UCAAACCAGGGAUGACAGUUUAUUUGCAAAAAAUCGCGAAACUAGUGAACACUGAACAAUACAAAAGAAAUCACUCAAACGGAACGAACACAUUUGAAAACAGCACAAAAAACUCAUACCAAAGAAAGAAAAUUUAGAAAAAAAUCAAACAAAAAAAAUUCAGUCAAAUCAAAUUAAUCGUGCAGAAAAUACAAAGAUAAUUUAGUGUUGCUUGUGUAGUUCAAUUUCCAAAAAAGGACCAAGAUAAUAUUGUACAAUUAAAUCAAACAUGGCUUUAGUACCUUCAAAUACCGCCAAUACGGAUUGGGACUAUUGGGAUUAUCGCAGACGUUUAUGGCGUGAUUGGGAUCUAAUCGAUUGGGAUUUACCCUAUUACAAACGCAGUUUAUCACGUGUGGGUUCAGCACCCGAUCUCAGUCGAGUUGUGGUGGGCAAAGACGGCUUCGAGGCCAACAUAGAUGUGGGUCCCUUCAAGCCCUACGAGAUAACAGUGAAAACUUCAGCGGAUACAAUUAUUGUGGAAGCCAAACAUGAAAAACGUCGUGACGGUGACAGUUUUGUGGGCCGUCAUAUAGUCAAGAGAUUUAUUUUGCCCCGUGGCUAUUAUCCCAAUGAUGUUCGUGCUGAAUUAUCCUCCGAUGGUAUUUUAAUUGUCAGAUGCCCUCCAUGUUCGGCAGCUGAACGUAGUGUUUAUGUGAGACAAAUGGGUCUGCCCUAUUUGAGUUUAAAACAUUAACAAAUUUUAAAUUAAAUUAUCACUUUCUUGCUAAAAGACUAUUCUUGCCCGCUAAAGCGAACGAACAAAAAUCGAAUUCAUUAAACCAAACUUUUUUAAAAUGUUGUUCAAUAUUUAUUUUCAUCAUGUUUUUUAUGUGCAUCUUUUUAUUCAACUAAAAAUUAAUUCCAAGUGUAAUUUGUUGCUGUUUUAUAAUACUUGUCAAUAUUAUUUUACAAUUGUUUUUGUUUUAAUUUUUAACUAAAUUUAAAUGUAAAACACUUUUAAAAUAUUGAAUAAUUUUAGCUUAUAAGUUUCAUUUUAUCGUGUAUGUUUGCAAGUUUAUUUUGUUUAUUUUUUUUCAGUGUAAUUAAUUAAUAUUUUAUGUUUAGUAGUGAAUAAAAGAAAUGUAAUUAAU